GUCGGAGCAAACCGUCUCCAUCCCAUCGUGCAUUCUUGCUUCCAUUGACCUAGAUUGACGGCGCAUGCUUCCCCACCCAAGCAUGUCAAUUUCACCGCUCUGCUAGGGGCUGUUGUUUUUCACCUUUCCCUUCAGCCUUAUUUCAUCGUGAUCGUCCACCAUGUCCUCCACACCCCAGCUAGCGCAAUCCCCCGGUUUCGCGGAGCAGGUCAUUGUGGUCCCCAUCAAUCGGUCCUUCACUGAUGGGAGUGACUCUACCUGGCCAAAGGAUCCCAAGUAUGGGAUGCCGGAUGACAGUUUUUAUCGGGAGAAGCUGGCAAAAUUAUGGCUGCAGAAAACUGGGGCGUAUGAACCCGGCAUGCAAUAUAUACUGGACAGUCUACCAGAAGGCUAUGCACUUCUUGAUAGACCGCGUAUGUCAAAACCUGACAUUCGUGACAAAUUCGUCUGGGGACACCCGCUCGGACAAUACUUCUUUUCUCCUAUCCAGUUCUUUCCUCAUUUCUACUUUCUUAUGACCGGAGGGACAACUCCCUGUCCAUGUGCUCUCUGUGAGAAAAUGACAAAUCUUUCAAAAGAGGGACGGAAAAAACCUGGGCGACCUAUAGGAAGCCAUGUGGUCAACGGGCAUUUGGUGAGACCCGAUGGUACGAUUGGACCGGCGGUUAAAACUGCAAGAACCCCAGGAAAACCUGGACGGCCGCCUGGGCGACCAGGUAGACCGUCGAGCGCAAUAGGAGAAAAUCCACCUGGAAGGCGUCCAGGGAGGCCGUCAGCCAGGCUCUCAUCGAUGACAGUGCGUCCGAUGGCCGUUGACAAUGAAGGGACCCCUGACGUAUUCAAGACAGCAAUCAUAGAGCUCAAGCAGCAAGGUAGCUUGGACAAAGCGAUAACCGAGACCGAGAGCAUGGACUGGCGGGCCGAGCGAACGAAACUCGCCGAAUUCAUCGAGGGACUUAGCAUGCAGCCCGCCUACCUCCCUCGAAUCGGCGAGGUUGUGCUCUGGACGUCCGACUUUGAGGGCGAGCUGGCUUGGAACUCCGAAAUGGGGUGCCUUCAGAUUUACUCUCCCGCUGUAAAGCAAUGGCUGGGAACUCCGGAAUGGCGCGCGGGCAUCAUUGGCCAGGUUCCCGAGGAGGAUACGGUACUCCAAGACCUCCAUAGCACGACACGCAAGGAUUCGGGCGUGAACUAUUCAGGAUUCCGCGUGGAAACGUUUCCAGACCCCCACAGUAUCGACAAAAGCUACUCACUACACUACAAAUACGUCCCUCUAAAAUGCAUCAAGCCAUUCAACUCCUACGAGAUGUUCCUGCAAGGCACAUCGCGCAACGCUCUCCACCCCUCCAUCGAAUACGCCAUGACCACCAUGUCCUCGUUCAGCCUGCUCGACAAAUACCACUUCAAAGGCACCUGGCCCGACGGGGCGAUCUACAGCCGGGGAAUCUUCCUGGGCGCCGAGUUGCUUGUCGUCGGGGACGUCGUCCGCCUGAAACCCAAAGACCCCCAGAAGCCUGUCACCGACGUCAUGGUCAUCGACGAGAUCCGCCUCGAGCUCAAACAGUGCGACGACGACCUCAAAUCCCCGCACCUCGCCGAGCGCAUCCAAGUCCGCGUCCGCGGGAAGGUCUACACCAACAACGCCGACCGCGGCCACUACACCCGCCGCCAUUUCUUCCAAGACAACCCCAACCCCAUGGACCCGGACGAAGUCGUCGACGCCUUCCAGUACAUCGGCAUGUCCGGCUACGGCGACUGGUACCGCGUCUUCACCACCCCGGGCCACGGCUUCGACCCCUCGCAGACCUACGACGUCUCACAGGACAUGAUCCUCGGCCGCUGCUACGAGCCCGACGCCAUGCAGCUGCUCUUCGCCAGCCUCUCCCUCGGCCUCGACCUGCACGGCGUGCUGCGCGGCCGCGCCUACUCCCGCCAAACCGACGACCGCAUCCACCCCGGCCGCGACUGGUUCUGGGGCGACUUCCGCACGCAGACCCUCGCCCUCGACUCCCUCAACGGCGAAGACGUCGGCCACUACAGCGACGCCCGCAACAUGAAGAUGUGGCACGCCAACCUGUGCAUCAUCGACGGCACCGCGGGGCCCAAGGACUACCAAGACGCCAAGAUCCCCGGCGAAGUCGGCCGGCCCGCCACGAAGUCGCGGUCCAGCUUCGCGGAGGUCGGCAAGCUCAGUAAGCUGGUCAGCACGGGGUUGGGGGCCGGCGACACGAGCAAUAAUGUCAGCUCGGCGGAGGAGGAACCCGUGCUUCCGGGUAUAGAGGGCGGGGACGAAUUGAUGGAUGACGAAACGUCCGAACCAGAGGAGGUCUUUACGAUCCCCUAUGGGGAACUCCGGGGUGGGACUGAGGAGUCUGAGGGCGGUGAUUAUAGGCCCGGUCGUUGAUAAAUAGAUAUGGAUAGGGUGGGAUGGGCAAGUUUGCUAUUUAAUUCGUGGAGCAUUUUAAAUACAG